ACAAACGCGCAUGCGCAAUCUUAUACCACGCCCCCUCGCUGCGUUUGAUUCGCAGGGUGCUCAGCUGCGCGGCCUGCGGAAGCCGGAAGUGGCUGGAGCUGAGUCCUGCGGGAGCGUCACGGACACCGGGUGAUGAUGUAACGGGGCGGCGGGGGGCCCUGACAGCGGAAAACCCGGUACCGGGAAGCUGCAGCCAUGAACCUGCUGCCCUCAAACCCCCACGGGAACGGCCUGCUUUACGCCGGCUUCAACCAGGACCAUGGAUGCUUUGCAUGUGGCAUGGAGACUGGAUUUCGGGUUUAUAAUACAGAUCCACUGAAAGAAAAAGAGAAGCAGGAAUUCUUAGAAGGAGGCAUCGGCUUUGUGGAAAUGUUGUUUCGUUGCAAUUACCUGGCACUAGUGGGAGGAGGGAAGAAGCCCAAAUACCCACCCAACAAAGUGAUGAUUUGGGAUGAUCUGAAGAAGAAAACAGUCAUUGAAAUUGAGUUUUCCACCGAAGCGAAGGCCGUUAAGCUGCGACGAGACAGGAUUGUGGUGGUGCUGGAUUCAAUGAUUAAAGUGUUCACCUUCACACACAAUCCCCACCAGCUUCAUGUCUUUGAGACCUGCUACAACCCCAAAGGUCUCUGUGUCCUGUGUCCAAACAGCAACAAUUCCUUGCUGGCAUUUCCCGGGGCUCACACUGGGCACGUGCAGAUUGUUGAUCUUGCCAGUACAGAGAAGCCACCUGUAGAUAUACCAGCUCAUGAGGGUAUCCUAAGCUGUAUCGCACUCAACUUACAAGGGACCAGAAUAGCAACAGCAUCGGAGAAGGGAACUCUCAUAAGAAUAUUUGAUACAUCAUCAGGACAUUUAAUUCAGGAGCUACGGAGAGGAUCACAAGCUGCAAAUAUUUAUUGCAUCAACUUCAAUGAAGACGCAUCUCUGAUCUGCGUGUCCAGUGACCACGGGACCGUACACAUAUUUGCAGCUGAAGAUCCAAAGAGAAACAAACAGUCGAGUUUGGCUUCCGCCAGCUUUCUUCCCAAGUACUUCAGCUCAAAGUGGAGCUUUUCUAAAUUUCAGGUUCCCUCUGGGUCACCUUGUAUUUGUGCCUUUGGAACAGAGCCCAAUUCAGUCCUAGCCAUAUGUGCAGACGGCAGUUACUACAAAUUCCAGUUCAAUCCGAAGGGUGAGUGCACGCGGGAUGUUUACGCCCAAUUUUUGGAAAUGACUGAUGACAAACUUUGACCCUUUUUUUUUGCUGAAGAAUAAUCUUAAAGAGACAGCCUGGCGCGUACAAUAACCUUCGUACAACUUUUGACUGAAUCAUCAUGGCUUUUUAUGCUACAGUAUUUUAGUAUUAAAAUGAAAUCCUUGUUCUGAAAACACGUGCUCUUUUAACGUUCUCAUUUGUCAUCUAAGUGUCUGAUUUUCAGAGACAACGUGCAGUUCCCCUCAAGGUUUGUGAAGAGGAUAUAUAUAUAAUUACUGGCAUUAAUAAUCUUCUUGAUCCACUGAGCCACCGAAGCAGAAGAUGGCCUUAAACAAUUUACGGACUUUCAGAAAUGUUUGUUUAAUAGGCGGGGCGGGGGAUACAAUCAGAAUUAAACUAAACAAGGAUAACUGUGCACAAUAAUUGCUCCAUAAAGCAAUAUCUAGCAUAUCUUAUUUACAGGAUCCAUCGCUGGAAACCUUAGAAGAUUAAUUAUAGGGGGUUAUUACUAUUUUUUCAAUAAUAAGACACUAACCUGGCGCAUUAACCACUAAAUGGCUCAUGUGUGACCAUGUACUCUUUUUCCAGAGAAAGGGAUGGAAUAUGUGAGCAGCAUUGAGCUUAGAAUAGGGAUAUUAUAUUGGAGUGUUUUUUAAAUCAGUUUGCUCGGCGACUAAAAGCAGUAAAGCCAAAAUAAAUCAAUUGGAAGUCGUUACGUGUAGAUCACUGCAUGUUGCUUUGCAUAUAAAUCCUCAGUUCUGUUUGCACACUUUGUUUGUAAGAUACGUUACAGCUUUUUAAUAAAAUGUGACCAAAUUAAA